AUGUAAUAAAAUUAGAAAUCAUUCAAUAAUAUCGAUAAUAAAGGGAUUGAAGAGACGAAAUUAAUUUCAUUUUAAGUGAAAUUUAGGAAUAAAUCCGAAAUUAAAGAUAUUGUAAAGAGUCUUGCCUUCGACAAUUCCCGAUUCCUUAAAAUGAUUCAUGAGAUAAACACAAAAGGAGAAUCCAUAGAAUUGGAUAUGACAGAAGAAGAAUUUGAUAAUCUUUGUCAUUUUCUAGCUUAAAUGAAUGAAAUUUUUAAAGGCCAGGAAGGAAAAAUCGUAAAUGAUUUGGAAGAGUAAUUAUAAAAGUAAUCUUUUAGUCUAAAAAACUCAGAGCAAUUUAAAGAGUUAUUUAAAGAGAUGACAAAUGAGAAGAAGGUCUUGGAAUUACUUUCAUCAGCUGAAUAUUUGGAUAUUCCUAAUCUAAUAAUACUGUUAGUAGCCUAAUAUAGUGCAUUAAUUAAAGGUAUUUAAUAUGUUUAUUUUUAGAUCAACGAGCAUUCAUCAAUAUUUGAAACAAAAAUAAUAAAACAGUGUGA